AUGACGGCCUGUUUAGUGCUCGCAUUCAGUUUUUUAAUUAUUUUUCGUGCCUCAAUUGCUCAAAAUCCAAUUGUGUGCAUUAACAAUGAUUUCACAUGUGUCGAGGGAACAACUGUUCCAGCAACUGAUGCCGAUGAUUCGUUCGAAGUGUUUUACGGGAUACCAUACGCGCAUCCACCGAUUGGAAAUUUAAGAUUCGCAAAUCCAAUACGAUUUGGUAAUUGGUUCGGCCUUCUAAAUGCAACGCAACCAAAAGACGAAUGUAUGCAAAAGUUUAUUAUAUUUCCUAAUGCCACCGUUACCGGAGUGGAAGACUGUUUGUAUUUGAAUGUAUAUCGUCCCGUAGUGGACUUGAAUGUUACACGCCUUCCAGUAAUAGUUUGGAUACAUGGCGGCGGAUAUUUUGGUGGUUCGGCAACACAAGAUAGCCCACAACUGUUUUUGAAUACCAAAGAAGUAAUAUGGGUAUCAAUGGCAUAUCGAUUAGGAGCACUAGGCUUCUUGUCAACGGGUGAUGAACAUGCGCCGGGAAAUUUAGGCUUUAAGGAUCAAUCAAUGGCAAUGCGAUGGGUCCGAGAGAACAUCGAUGCGUUCGGCGGCAAUGCCAGUUCGAUUACAUUAAUGGGAGUUAGUGCUGGUGCAGCUGCCGUACACAUGCACAUGUUGAGUCCAUUAUCACAAGGACUUUUCGAUCGGGCAAUUGUUAUGAGUGGAAGCGCACUGGCUCCAUACAAUGAUCCAGUUAAGGAUCCAUAUGCUCAGGCAAUGGAACAGGCUGAACUGUUGGGAUUGAAUCCAGUAAAUAGUCCAGACUUGAUAACGCGACUCAGAGAUUUAGAUGCUCACACAAUUGUCGAUAGUAUUGAAGGAAUGAAGCAUUGGGAUUUAGAUCCAUUGACCACUUAUAAAACCGUCAUCGAAGCGAAUGUAACUGGUGCAUUUAUGAUCGACGAUCCCCUUAAUAUUUCGAGAAACGGAAACUACGAGCACAUCCCAUGGAUAACCGGAGUUGUUGAACAUGAAGGAGCUGUUCGGGCCGCAUCUAUUGUGACGAAUCAGGCAUUAUUGGACGAUUUGAAUGAGCAUUUCGAUGAUUUGCUGAUACUUAUCAUGGACCUAGAUGUGCCUAACGAAGAAAAUGCAGCAGAAAUUAUUCAAAAAAUCAAAGACAAAUAUUUCAAUGGCAGUAACGCUGACACAACGGAAAAAGAACAGAGACUUGUCGAUCUGUAUUCCGAUCGAGGAUUUAUUUAUCCGCACUACAAAAUGAUCGAACAUUUUACACAAUACUCAGACGCAGACCACGUACCAUUGGCACUAUAUCGAUUUGCAUUUCAAGGAUCAUUGUCGUAUUCAUAUUUCCUAACCGGAUCUAACAGGGACUUUGGGGUUAUUCAUUUAGAUGAUACAAUUUACAUGUUUCGCUCGGGAUUGCCAUUAUCAAAUCCACUGUACAGUGUCGUCACGGCAAAUUUGAUCGAUUUUUAUGUGUCAUUCGCUAAGACGGGAAUUCCGAAGGUACUGAGUCAACAAGGCAUCGUCCGUCAAUGUACUGUCCAGGCGUUAGCAAAUGGUAAUUUUUGUGAUUAUCAGGAAUUCGACAACACAGAGGAUGGAAAUGGGCUUGACAUUCGAAUUAGAAGUGAUUUCGAUAUUGAAAUAAUUGAAUUUUGGAACGAUAUAUUUGAGGUGGCGGUGCGACAACGAGCGGGAAGCUCACAAAUUCAGUUGAGCAUCAGUGCUUUAGUUUUUACGAUGUUUUGUAUUUGGACAGUUUAUUUGUAGUAAAUAAACGAAUGUUUCGA